UUGGCCAAGAAGAAGCGCUGUGCUCACUGCGGCAUCAUCGUGCAUUCCCAGUGCUCAAAACGAGUUGUUAAUACGUGUGGUUUACCCGAUCAGUGUGCGAAUUAUUACCUGGAUUCUCAUAGUGCGCCAAAUGGAAGGAUGAACGGAUGGGUACGAUUGUUCAGAGAUGACAGUAGCGUGAGGGAAUGGCAGUCAGCAUGGGGCGAGAUGGAUGAGAAACGCCUUGCUUUCUAUGACAACGAUUCUGUACAGACUGACCUUCGGAAGCCAUUCCUGACGGUGGACCUAGAAAAAGAACUCAGAAUAGUCCGAGUUGGAAGUGAAGUGCCUGUGAAAAUGGAGAACGGCCAGGUCUCCCAUAAUAUCGUCCACUUGAAAACUGACAGAAGGAUGAUGCUCACUAGGCGGCCAAGCUCCUUCUCAGAGCAGUCCUGCCUUCUCGUACUCUCAAAGCCUAACAAUCUUACUAUACAUACUACCUGUGUCGUUGAUGAUUAUCUCCUUAUCGGUGCUCAAAGCGGCUUGUUCUUCACAAGUGUUAGCAGUGCACGUGUACCUGUCAGAAUUGCAGGAUUCAACUCGGUUACCGCGAUGGAAUGCCUAGCGGAUCUUAACAUACUCGCUUUGAUUAUCGAUCACAAGCGAUCGUUAGCCCUAGUUCCGUUACCAGCGCUUAAAUUAGCGUUGAACGUUACUCAUCCAUCCGUCCAUGCUGACGUCAUCUCGGGUUAUGAUCACCUCCAUGCUAUUGCUUAUCAUCUGCAGGAUGGACAGAGAUACUUAUGUGCGGCAAGCUCUGCGAAGAUCCACAUCCUGAAGUACAACGCGGCGCGGGAUGUCUUCACGGGACACCAAGUGAUUGAAACGAGAGAGCCGGCGAUGUGCAUGCUGUCAACGGCGAAAGGUUUCUUCUUUGGAGCAGACAGCUUUUAUUCUGUCCAGCUGUCACGAGGCCAGUCAACUGUUGCGGACUAUCCAAUCGCUCUGCUCCAAAUUCGAGAAGAUGAAGUACUUCUGGCCUACCAAAGUGAGCUGUAA